UUGGCACUGACGUGGCCGCCGGGAGCCGCCAUCUUGUGCGCAGUAAGGGAGGCUGUGAGGGAGGCGGAAGGCGAAGGCCAGAAGUAGACGAGGCACCCGGCGGGCCCGGAGAGGACGACGACGGAGACCCCGCAGCCAGGCACCCCGCAACGUCGCCCGAUUUUCUUGGCCAGUGGGUGAACAGUAUCCUGAAACAUGGGAAAUAUUUUUGCCAACCUUUUCAAAGGCCUCUUCGGCAAAAAAGAAAUGCGUAUUCUUAUGGUCGGACUGGAUGCUGCAGGAAAAACUACUAUAUUGUACAAGCUUAAACUCGGUGAAAUAGUAACUACCAUCCCUACAAUAGGUUUCAAUGUAGAAACAGUAGAAUACAAGAAUAUUAGCUUCACGGUGUGGGAUGUUGGCGGACAGGAUAAGAUCAGACCACUCUGGCGCCAUUAUUUCCAAAAUACACAAGGCUUGAUCUUUGUGGUUGACAGCAACGACCGAGAGCGAGUCAACGAAGCCAGAGAAGAGCUUAUGAGAAUGUUGGCAGAAGAUGAGCUCAGAGACGCUGUCCUUUUAGUCUUCGCUAACAAACAGGACCUGCCGAAUGCCAUGAAUGCCGCGGAAAUCACAGACAAACUAGGAUUGCAUUCUCUCCGCCACAGAAACUGGUACAUCCAGGCCACCUGCGCCACCAGCGGGGACGGCCUCUAUGAAGGACUGGACUGGUUGUCCAAUCAGCUCCGAAACCAGAAAUGAAGCCCUGAAUUAUUCCUCUUUUCUCCCCCACCCCUCUUCCUCUCCCCCACCCCUCCCCUCCCCUGCCCUCCCUCGCUUUACUCUAAUGUGGCAAACCAUGCUACUUUGUAGUAUUGAGUGCCGGAAAACUCUUUUCAUCAUCUCUUCUCCUCCACAGGAUUGUCCUUCACCACGCUGUACAUGUGGCAAAACCAAGCCCAAAAGGGGGAAAAAACAAACAAACAAGUUUUAGCUUUUUAUUUUCUUAUUUAAUGUAAAUAGUUAUUGUUUUUUCCCACGAGGCAAGUUUCUGGUACUCCUAUGCAAUAUUAUUCGGAUUUUUUUUUUUUUUAUGAUAAAGAUUAAAAAGAAAGAAAGAAAAAGAACCCAACAACUUUGAGGGGAUUCAGGAAGAGAAAAGAGAGAGAGAGAAAAAAAAAGGUUGCCAGGAAUCUUGUUUUGUUGGUUUGUGCGCGCGUGUGUGGACUCGAUCCCUCUCGGCUUGCAGAUCUGAUUUCCACAGCCAUGUUUUUAAGCCUGGGGAUGAGUUUCUUUUUAGAAGACGGGGGUGGGUGUGGGUGGGAAGGUGGGUGGAAAGACUUGAACCCAGGACCCUUUGCAAUUUCUGCAACGACUGACACCAGCAAUUUCCCUCGUUCCAGAUCAUAAAAUUAGCUUGACCUUUUUGUGAUGGGAGCUGGGUGGGAGACUUACCCCAGAGUUAGAGCGAAGUCAGUAGAAGUUGCAGAUUAACAAGAAAUUGGGACACACACACACACACACACACACACACACACACCCUGUACUCUUUUAACUGCCCCUUAGAUUUCGAUUUUAAAAAUUAUUUUUUUCCCCUCCAACCUAUUGGUGCCAUCUUCAUCUUCCUCUCUGUCUCUGUGGGGCGUAGCUCCUUCAAAAAUCCUUGUACUUCUCCAGCCUAGAAUUAUUUCCAAAGACGGUCCUCUUACACAAACGUCACAACGGCAGCCCCACCUCAGCAAGUACUGUACUUAAAUAAGAAAUGUCACACGAGCUUUUCCGUUGUUACAUCUGGGAAAGUGGGGGGGGGGGGUGGAGGAUAUCGAAAACAUGAGAGUUUGAUAAUCGGGCGUCUUCCAUUCUUAAGAUGUGUCUAGAUUCCAUUUUCGGAAGGCAAGAAACACCCUUUUUUUACAUCCCUCAUCCUGCAAGGUUUGAGAUUUGCCAUCCCAGAUUUUAACUUUUUUUGUUCAGUUUUUUUUUUCUUUUGUAUUUUGAUAAUUAAAAAAAAUACCACCGAAAAACCUGGAGCUAUUGCAACUCAUGAAAAAAACACGAUCGGAACUGGUUUGUUUGGUGUGGACAAGGAAAAAAAAAAAAACCACCCUCCCUCGUUUGCUUUCAAUACAGUAAUCAACUGUUUUGUAUACUUGUUUUCAGUUAUCAUUUCAACGAACGAGCACUGUAAUUAAAGCUAUUAGAAUAAAAAUCUCUUAACUAUU